CAGGUGGAGUCGGGGGUGCAGGCGAUCCAUCAGGGUCGUCGGGAGGUUUUAGAAGAAGCCUGUCGCUCUUACACUCGUAAACGCAGGGUCCUGAUCCCCGAGGACCUGAAGCACGUGAUCGUGGACGACCAGCACGGCCUGCUGUACUGCUACGUGCCCAAAGUGGCCUGCACCAACUGGAAGCGUGUCCUCAUGGUCCUCACGGGGGUCUCCGGCUCCCUCAGAGACCCUCUGUCAAUCCCCGCCAACGAGGCCCACGUCCCCGGAAACCUCCACACUCUUUCGGAGUAUUCCACCUCGCAGAUCAACCAACGCUUGCGCUCCUAUCUCAAAUUCGUGUUCGUACGAGAGCCAUUUGAGCGCCUGGUGUCCGCGUACCGGAACAAAUUCACGCGGAGCUACAACACCGCUUUUCAUAAACGAUACGGCACAAAGAUAGUGCGUCGGCAUCGUUCAGACCCUCAACCGGAAGCCAUGGAACGAGGCAACGACGUGUCCUUCGAGGAGUUUGUUUACUACCUCGUGGAUCCGGCAACCCAACGAGAAGAGCCCUUCAACGAGCACUGGGAGAGGGUGCACUCGCUGUGUCACCCCUGCCUCAUCCACUACGAUGUGGUGGGGAAAUACGAGACGCUGGAGCAGGACUCCCAAUACGUCUUACAGCUGGCAGGUGUAGAAAACCAGGUCAGUUUCCCCUCCUCGUCCAAAAGCACCAGGACCACGGGAGACAUGGCGGCGCAGUUCUUCAACAACAUCAGCCCGUUCUACCAGAAGAAGCUGUACAAUCUGUACCGAAUGGACUUCCUGCUCUUCAACUACUCAAUACCAGCUUACCUCAAGUUCAGAUGAGGUAGAGAAUGGACUCCUGUAAAGAAAAGUUGUUGUUUCUGAAGAGGUGUCUCUCUCCGUGUGAAGGCCUUUGUUACGGACACUGCAAACACUGUUGGAGAUCCAAAGUAAAUUCCUUUUUACAGACUGAAGAACUUCACUAAGACUUUCGUUCUCUUGUAAAGAAGGCAAAUCAUAUUUUCUGUACACAGUGAUCCAUCGUUCACUGCCUAAAAGUGUGAAAAACCCAUUUAAUUUAAUCAGUUUCAUAUCUGCUGUUUUUUCAGAAGUGUAAUUUGCACGACACAUGUUAAUCUGCAGUCUCUUAAUAACUACAUUUCAUUCAGACAGUGAAUGUCUCCAAACAUGCGUGCCUCUGAGCGCGGGCCUUAUUUUAAACCCCAGCAGAAAAAAGACAUUUCUACUCAACUGUGACUUUGUUGUUGUUGUUGUUGUUGUGGGAAAAACAUGUUCUGUAACAAUAAUUGUUUUUAUUUAUUGUGUUAUUGCUGACUCCACGGGUCGGACAAACCAAAAUAGAUAUAUAGUUUCUCUCACAAUUUUCAAAUAAAUGCAUUUCAGCAAAGAAAA